AAUGUUUGUCAUGUUUGCACAUCCUGCGGACAAACCAUGUUGUCCUACCGCUCGAUGGCUAUGUCAUUUUACUCCCUCCACACGACACACGAGGAAAUGUCUCGCUCGCUGAGCCAGCGCCUACAGGUCCUUGCGGACUCUUACAAGGAGACUCUAAACUUGAUCCAAGAACUAAGAAAGUUCUCUCCUGCAUCAUACACCGAGGGCGAUCCCGACGAGAGACGGGUGGAGCUUGCGAAUGAGAUUCAUGACACUUUGAAAGAGCAGGAAGAUACAUUGGAGAUUUUGAGGCAGGAGUUCGAGGACGACUCAAUUCCAUCAUACCGGCGCAACCUCCAUGGGCAACACAGGGAUGCCGAACGCGAACGAAGCGCAGCCCUGCUGGAGAAGUUGACAGAAGAACUGAAAACUGCACGAGCAAGUUUUCGGCGUGCGCAGCUGGCGGCCAAAAGGACGGCGGAUCAAGAGAAGAGAAAGGAGCGAGAACAGCUGUUUGCAGCCCGCAAGAGCGAAGGAGGAAAUGUUCGGACACGUCCUACACAUGAGAAAUUGACCCAGAAUGAACUGGCCCUACAAGGAUCCAGCGAUGUCACCGCAGCACUCCGACGCAUGCAUAAUCGAAUGGAAGAUACACUCUCACAGUCGGACUUUGCACAGCAGACACUGCAGGAAAGUCAGGAGGCACUACGGAGUCUCGAGGAGAGCUACUCUGGCACGACGGAUCUACUCAAGCUUUCCAGGGGACUUGCGAGCCAACUGGUACGCAGUAACAAGUCAGAUACUUGGUUCCUGAAGAGCGCGUUCUAUAUGCUGGCAAUCACGAUAUGUUGGCUGAUCUUCAGACGGCUUAUAUACGGGCCUCUUAUACUGUUUGUAUAUUGGCCUAUACGAACCAUGUGGUGGUUUACAAUGACAAGUAUUGGCGCAAUCGGAUUUGGUAUGCCGGAUGGUGCUAUAAGCACAGCACCGAAGCCGACCUUGUCGAUAGUCAUGCCUACCAUGGUGAGUGCGAGGGCGAGUAUGCCGACGCACGAUUCAGGAAUUCGUUUCAAGUCUAUGGAGAUACCAGCGAAAGGCGGUGGUUGGGACAGGAAGCCCAGGCAGGAACCUCAGUCUCAGGGUGAUGAGAGUAUGAUUGAGAAGGUCGGAAGAAUGAUAGAUGGUGAGCAGCCGGAUGUCGCUGAUGAUGCGGUACAGGAAGGCAGUGGUCAGGAAGAGCAGCCUCGCAAUACGCUGAAGCGCAUGAUAGAGGUAGAAGUGGAGAGCCCAGUUCCUUCUAGAGACGAGCUCUAAGAAUAUGCCAUCAAGAGUCUCAUGUUCGACUAGAAUUACUCUUUCAUCCCGUGGAUUGUCAAGGAAGGGCUCCUAGAUUUCAGAGCCUCGUCACGUGCGCCAGGUCCUGUCGCGCCAAGAACCUC